AAGCCGCAACUUUCAUCCACCAGCACUUUUCAUCAUACCUCCACCCCAAGCCCAAAAAGUCCCCCGAUGCGCUGAAGUUAGGGGGUGCUUUCCGCCGUGCAGAUUAAGGCCGCUGCAGGUAUGUCACCCCUACCACUGUGCAGAUCACUAUGGCUCACGGCAGUCGAUCAACCAUCCACCCCGCGGAAACACACCCGGAUGUAAUCUUGUACGGUAUUGCGUCUCGCGACGCUUCGUCUGCCGCCAAAGCUGCCAAGAAGUACCACUUCACCAAAGCAUAUGGGUCGUAUCAAGCACUCCUCGAUGAAUCUGCAGUGAAUAUCGUAUAUAUCUCCACUCCCAACAGACAGCACUAUGAAUGGACAUCCAUGCGUUCCCUGCUCUCUGACAUCGCUCAGGUGGCACCCGCAAUGGACAUGACGUACGCCUUGUCUUUCACCCGCUACGCCAUUCGCGCACAACAACCCAAGACAAUCAACUCAGUCACUGCGCGCCUCUCUAGCGACCAGCGCGUUGACGCGGCCAUGUACGCCUAUCUGACAUUUAUCGGACCUCAGAACACUGAGGUUCAUAGCCAGAUCUAUACCGACAUGGAACGGGAGUGGAUCGGUAGCUUUGUUCCGCGUUUCUGGGAGCUGCCUUCAAUCGAAGUAGAGACCGAAAGGGCCAUCAUCUUCUUUUACAAUGCGAUGAUGCCACAUCUCUAUCACUGACAAGAUAAUAGGCCAGACGCAUUGGCAUAAACAAUACAAAGGAGGCCCUUCGUGAGGAAAUGUAGCGACCAGUGGCGGAAAAGGUGGCAGCUCCCUUUGGAGUGCCUACCGAUGGCAGCUGGAGGCGUUCGUGGAUGCUGUCAAAGGCAAAACUCCCGCGUAUUUGGAUUCCUGUCGAGGACAGCAUUUGUCAGAUGGAAUGCAUUGACGCGUUGUAUCAAGCUGCUGGGCUACCAGUACGCGGAGGCCAGCUAAGAAAGGAUGAAACAACGUCAGAGAAGAAAUUCUCGCGUCACUCAUUGGGAAGCUCUUGCAACAUGAAUAAUUAGUAACUAGUAAUAUUUAAUGCGAUUGAUCAAUUGCCCGCCCGUAAUCUGCGAUUGAGAGUAAGGGUAGGUUAGUUAUAAAAGACGGCCUUAUCAAUCAGGCGAUUUCCACUAAUUACUGCCACAGCCUACCGCCUUCCUUGG